UUUGCACCUCAAGCGGCAGUUCGUUUUGUGCGGUGCGCUCUUCACAUACCUGCGAUGCCCAAGCAAAAAUUCCGUACUCGUUGUUUCCUUGAUAUAACUAUUGAUGGUGCUCCAAUUGGUCGUAUUGUAUUCGAGCUCUUCAAUGAUCUGUGCCCGAAAGCUGCGGAAAACUUUAAGAAACUAUGCCAAGGUGCCUGUGGUUUAGGACUGAAAACAGGGAAGCCGUUGCACUACCAAGGAAGUGUAUUUCAUAGGGUUAUCAAGGGGUUCAUGGUGCAAGGUGGGGAUUUCAGCAACAGAGAUGGUACUGGUGGUGAGUCCAUCUAUGGAGGAACGUUUGCCGACGAGUGCCUUUCAACACCACAUGAUCGACCUUUCCUACUUUCAAUGGCAAAUCGUGGUCCAAACACAAAUGGAUCACAGUUUUUCAUAACAACCGCUCCGGCCCCUCAUCUGGAUGGAAAACAUGUUGUAUUUGGCCACGUUUUGUCUGGCGAAGAUGUCGUUCGUAAGAUAGAGGCGGUCCCUAUUUCAGAUACCAAAACUCACCGACCGGUGAAGCCGAUUGUCAUCGAUGCUUGCGGUGAACUUGUUCCAGUCAAAAAGAAAAAGUUGAAGGCAGAAGUCGGCGAGAAACAGAAGAAAAAGAGCAAGAAGCAGAAGAAGAAGAAGCACAAGAACGUCAGUGAAGAGUCUGAAAGUGCCUCUGACGAAGUUGAAUGCAGUGUGCGACCAGAGGAAAUUCCGGAAGUGCCGCCACCUCGAUUUCUUUAUCGCGGAACGCUCGAAGCUGACAAGAAACCCGAGAUUCAAUCGAAACGGGAUCAAAGUCCAAAGUGGGCUUUGCAGUCAGCAACACAAAGAAAAUCUGUAACUAGUCACAAUGAAUUUAACAUACUGCUAUCCAGGCCCGAUUAUCUUGAACCCGAAAGUGUGAUGAAAUUUCUGCAUAACGAGGGUCAUUUAAUCAAGCACAUAGCAGAAGCUGUCGGUCGUGAACUCAUGCGGGCAUCCCGUGAGCGUCAAGGCGACCGUUCGGGUCGUAAAGUGAAGGGCCGUGGCCGCUUAUGUUAUCGAAGUCGAUCGGGAAGCCGUGAUCGCAGUGUCACUCCUCCCCACUGGCGCCAAGCUAGUCAAAACACUCAGCGAAUGGAUAAAGAUGGUUGGCAAAUGUGGCACGAGCAACGAGCACAGCAGCGAAUGAAAAAGGCUCGUGAUGCUCGCUCUCCGGCUCGUUCGCCGGUAGCCAGUCCUAGGGACAAUACACGCCGAAAAUCAUCCACCUCACCAUCGGCAGUUGCAGUGAAUGCCCGUAAUCGGAGUCCUAGCGGUUCGCCUUCUUCUGCCAUCGAUGCUGAUUCCGCGGUUGCCGAGGUUACCUCUCGCAAUAUGCCUGUACCUCCUAAAGGAGCGUCCCCUAUACCUCAGAAACGACAAGACCUGCACUUACCCAGACAAAUAUCCAAGCGUUCUCGCUCUUCGGAGAGUGAACACAGUGAGUCCCCAAUUUCUCAGAGAAAGGAAAACCCUGACAGAUCACGCGAUGCAAAACGCCGACAGGCUUCCAAGUCACCCGAAGUACCGAGACGCGUUGCUGUGAGUCCGGAUGAUCGACGAGUCGUUAUUUCCAACGGCAAGUCCAUGUUUGAUAAGGAAGAGGAAAGUUCGCGCGCUGCCGGUUCGAGACUGGAGUUAGAUGCGAUGGUUGUAGAUGACUCAGAUGACUACUCCAUACAGACCAGGCCUCUGCAUGUGAAACGUGGAGAGAUCGUAAUCAAUCUUCCAGAAAAGUCUAUGGGCAAGGUGAAUGGCGAAGUUCGUGGUUUUGUCAGCGGAUCACCCACUGUUACUCCGAGACAAGCCCGUUCUCCCGUACAGCCAUCUCCGAAUAAGUAUGCAACAUCACCCACCUUGCGCUCUCCGCCGGCUAGGUCGGCUCACUCCCCGGAAAAUUUUCCGCCUUCACGCCCUCAACAGUUCCCAUCAAUGUCGCCGGCGUCGCGCACUUCUAGCAUUCGUUUACCUGCUUCGGAUCCUCGUGCCCCCCGCAUUACCCGUACUGAAGUGUCUCCACCAACCCAUCAAGCACCAGUAUCACCAGUCCCCACAAAAACUCGUCCCACUUCCCCUAGCCCUCUUCUGCAACGAGCGCAGAUUUCUCCAACGACUAUCCCGCUCCCACCGCAGCGUAGUCGUUUGUCACCUUCGACGAUCUCUCCUUUGUCAGCAUAUAUGGCGCGUUCAACCCGUGCUCAGCAAGAGCUUCUUUCUUCUCAAUCUGAGGUUCGCGAUAAGCAAGGCUCUCCUCCAGUCAUAUCAUCUCAGACCGCACAACAGGCCCGUGGGAAUUCACCCACAUGGCAAUCACUUAUUUCUGACGAGGAAAUCACUGGGCUUUCCAAACGUGUGGUCACUGCUUCACGUGGUAGCUCUCAUCACUCCUCUGCUCAUGAAUCACGUGCGGGUAAGAAGGCCGAUCGUAGUCAUUCUAGCCGCUCUCGGUCGAGUUCGCCAGAGAAGCCCCCGAAACGAUCUGCCCCUCGGAGUCCGCCGCCUCACCUUGUGGAAAAGUCAGAACGUGAGAAAGACAUUGAGAGAUGGCGGAUGCGGCAUGCCAUGUUAAGUCAAAAGCGCCGUGGGGCGGCUUCCGUUUCAAGCUCUUUCCACACACCUUCUUUGUCAUCCGAUGACCGAGCCCGUUACCUUGAUCGACGUAAAGUGCCCUCUAGCACCUUCCGUGCCUCACGAUCUCCCUCUGGUUCGUAUUCGCCUCCCCGCCGAAGGAGAGUUCGGUCUUCAACAUCUCACUCACGAUCUGGGUCAUCAUCCCACGGACGUCGUUCACACAUUGUGGAUCUGGAACAUCCCCGAUCACAAUCAAAAGGAAGCCAUGGCAGCCAUAGUCCACGCGCAUCUGGAUCUGAUGACUCAAGACGAUCGAAAUCUCGCAGUCCACCGUCGCGACAUAGAGUUCGUAAUCAGGGCACCUCCCCUGUCAAGCUUUCCAAGAGGUUAAAACGAAAACCUGUUAUUGUUCCAAUGGCAGCCGAGGGUGACCCUGUCAUCGAAGAAUCGAUUGAAACAAGUAAAUGGGAGAAGUCGCCCGAAUCCUCCAAAACAGCUGAAUCGCAACCUAGCACAUGGACCACAAGUCACUGGCAAAGCGCCAACGAACCAUCAAAGGCUACCCCUUCCGGAGCCCCUACCGUAACCAUUGUUGAGCCAGUCAAGAUGAAUGCACCUGCUGAACAACCUGCUGCCACUUCUGUUCUCCAGCGCCUGCGAAUGACACAGUCGAUGAGAGUGGAUGAUGAGGCAGUUUCCCUUGUGGAGGCUGCAGAAAUUAAGACGUCAGAAAAGUCACUUCCAGAAGAAGCGACUAAGCCAGCCGAUGCAGUUGCUGUUGCAGCUUCCUUUUCUUACCCCGUGAUAGCCAAACCAGCAGAUGCACUUACCGAAAUAUCCAAACCACAACCGGUGCCCGGAAAGACAAUUGAACAGACGCGAAAGGUGAUUGCUAUUCGUGGUCGAUCUAGUUCGUCGGGCUCUACUUCCGCCGACUCCUCAGCAUCAUCUUCCUCAUCUUCAUCUAGCCGUUCGUCCUCAAGGGGACGGGGUGCGACUAGACGUUCUGUUAGCCCGCUCACUCGUAGCUCCCAUCGGCGUAGUGAUUUUUCGGAUUCUCGCAGUCGAGGACGAGAUCCACAGUUCAUAGUGGAUACUCAAGCAAUCGUAAUCGCCGACGCUCUUGGUCACGAUCUGGUUCUCGUUCAUCCAGUGAUUCACGUUCACCAAGUUCUCGUUGGGCUGGGAGUAGUAGCCGACGUUACAGCUCUUCACGACAUCGCCGGGGCCGGCGGUCACGUCGCUACUCAGGCUUCCGACGACCGUCCUCUAGUCGAAGCUGCUCUUCUUCAGGCAGUUACAGUUCAUCUUCGAGACGCCGUUGAGCCUACCCACUUGAAAAUUAAACUGUUUAGCCACGAGCGGCUGAUCAGCAGUGUCGUCGACUCGCACCAACUGACAGUUAACAUUCAACUACUUUACAGCCUGACUGGAAUUCAGAUGCGUAUUAAAUUCGUCUCGUUUGAUGUUGCACCUAAACAUGACAGCCGAGUGAACCGCUUUGCGCGCUGUGUAACGUAUCACGAGAAUAACUUGGAAAAGCCAGGAACAGACAUUUUUAGGUUUAACCCUGUGAUAAUGUGA